CACUAUCUCACAAUUCAGACUAAAAAAACAUUAAUAAUUAUUUAAUUAUUACAAAAACAAGGCGAGGACCUGAAAAAAGAGUUGGUUUUACACAGUGAAAACAACUAAACGGGGGGAUAAGACGACUUGUCGGAGAGUGAGUAGGGUGUGGUCGGCGAGGCACCACCACCACCAACAAGCAAAUGGCUGCUACCAUUGGCGUUGGCGCCGCAAAAGCCAUAUCAAUCGCAAUAGCAGUUAGGCACCUCCGAACAAAACCUUACGCAGCAGCAACAACAACAGCACUUGCUCUUCUUUCACUCCACAAACCUCUCUUCCUCCCUCAUUCCUCUCCCUUCUCCUCUCGCCGCGCUUUUUGCGCCGCGACGCUUCGCACCUCCGACAACAGAGUGCAACAGUUCCGCAGGAAGCUUAGGGUUUCCGAAAUCAAAGAAGGCGACGGCGCCGACGUGCUCGGCCGCAACCUAGUCGUGCAGGGCUGGGUCCGCACGCUUCGCAUUCAGAGUAGCGUCACCUUCCUCGAGAUUAACGAUGGUUCUUGCCUUUCUAACAUGCAAUGUGUGUUGAAUUCGGAGGCUGAAGGUUACGAUCAGGUAGAAUCUGGCUUGGUUACCACUGGUGCUUCAGUGUGGGUGCAAGGAGUUGUGGUGAAGAGUCAAGGAUCGAAACAGAAAGUUGAAUUGAAGGUCAACAAAAUAGUACUGAUUGGCAAAAGCGAUCCCUCCUUUCCCAUCCAAAAGAAAAGAGCCAGCAGAGAAUUUCUAAGAACAAAAGCACAUCUUCGUGCGAGGACAAAUACUUUUGGUGCAGUUGCAAGGGUUAGGAAUGCAUUGGCAUAUGCUACACAUAAGUUCUUCCAAGAAAAUGGGUUUGUAUGGGUCUCCAGUCCUAUCAUCACGGCAUCAGAUUGCGAGGGUGCGGGUGAACAGUUCUGCGUUACUACCUUGAUACCAAGUUCUCAUGAAACUAAUGAUUCUCCUGUUGAUGCUAUUCCAAAAACAAAUGAUGGAUUAAUUGACUGGUCACAAGACUUCUUUGGAAAACCAGCAUUCUUGACUGUUUCAGGUCAACUCAAUGGUGAAACUUAUGCCACUGCUCUCUCUGAUGUGUAUACAUUUGGUCCUACAUUCCGAGCAGAAAAUUCUAACACUUCUAGGCACUUGGCUGAAUUUUGGAUGAUUGAACCGGAGCUUGCAUUUGCUGAUCUAAAUGAUGACAUGGCUUGUGCAACUGCUUAUCUCCAGUUUGUAAUAAGACAUGUUCUCGAUAACUGCAAGGAAGACAUGGAGUUUUUCGAUGCAUGGAUUAAUAAAGGAAUCAUUGAUCGCUUGAGUGAUGUAGCAGAUAAAGAUGUUGUGCAAAUAACCUACACUGAAGCGAUAGAUCUGCUGUCAGGAGCAAAUAAGAAAUUUGAAUUCCCGGUGAAAUGGGGUAGUGAUCUUCAGAGUGAACAUGAGCGUUAUAUAACUGAAGAGGUAUUCAGUGGAUGCCCUGUGAUAAUUAGAGACUAUCCAAAGGAUAUUAAAGCAUUCUAUAUGCGACAGAAUGAUGAUGGAAGGACAGUUGCAGCCAUGGACAUGUUGGUUCCAGGGAUUGGUGAACUUAUUGGUGGAAGCCAAAGAGAAGAAAGGCUUGAGUAUCUAGAAGCUCGUUUAGAUGAUUUAAAGCUGAACAAGGAUGCAUAUUGGUGGUAUCUUGAUUUGCGUCGAUAUGGUUCAGUACCUCAUGCAGGCUUUGGUUUGGGGUUUGAAAGACUUGUCCAAUUUGCAACUGGAAUGGACAAUAUAAGGGAUGUUAUUCCUUUUCCUCGAACUCCUGGCUCGGCUGAGUUUUAGACCUUGCAGAUAUAAGGGACUUCACAAUUCAUUUGUACGAUUCAAACUGUAUUUUAGGCGAUAAAGUAUCUUGCGUCUUUUUUUUCUUUUAUUUUGAAAAAGAAAAUUUCUUGCUUCUAAAUGAAGUAUUUAUACAUUCUGAACUGAGUAGAAUGCAAUUUUGAGGCAAUAUAAUGGUGUCUUCCACAUUGAGCUUAUACAUUAUCAAAUUGUAUUGGAUAUUCAUGAUAUAUAGAAAUUGGAUCCUCUCCUGCAGCUUA